CCUGGAGCCGCGAAGCCACGCAUGGGCGGGCAGAGACCUGUCACGUGGCGGGGAGCACCGCCCCCUCCGCCCCGCUCCGGAGGCGGCGGCCAUGGCGGCCAAGCGGCGCACCGACGAGAUGCGGGACCGCGUGGUGCUGGGCGAGUUCGGCGUCCGCAACGUUCACACCACCGACUUCCCCGGCAACUACUCCGGGUACGAUGACGCGUGGGACCAGCGGCGCUUCGAGCAGGCGUUCCGCGUGGACGUGAUCCGCGAGGAGGGGGACGAGCUAGAGUUCGACAUGGUGGGCAUCGACGCCGCCAUCGCCAACGCCUUCCGCCGCAUCCUGCUCGCCGAGGUGCCAACAAUGGCUGUAGAGAAAGUCUUUGUGUACAACAACACAUCCAUUGUGCAGGAUGAAAUUCUGGCUCAUCGCUUGGGCCUCAUCCCUAUACGAGCAGACCCACGACUCUUCGAAUAUAGAAACCAAGGAGAUGAGGAAGGCACAGAAAUUGAUACUCUGCAAUUCCAGCUGAAAAUAAAAUGUAGCCGAAACUCUCAGGCAGCCAAGGAAUCAUCUGAUCCUAAUGAAUUAUAUUUCAAUCACAAAGUGUACAGUAAACAUAUGACAUGGGUGCCCCUGGGGAAUCAGACAGACCUCUUUCCAGAUGCUGACUUCCGACCUGUUCAUGAUGACAUCCUCAUUGCACUACUGCGACCUGGCCAGGAAAUAGAUGUGCUUAUGCACUGUGUCAAGGGUAUAGGUAAAGAUCAUGCCAAGUUUUCUCCUGUGGCCACAGCUAGUUAUCGACUGCUUCCUGACAUUACGCUCCUGCAGCCUAUUGAGGAUGAGGCAGCCGAGUUGUUGCAGAAGUGCUUUUCCCCUGGAGUCAUUGAGAUCCAGAAUGUCAAGGGAAAAAAGGUGGCAAGAGUAGCCAAUGCACGGCUGGACACAUUCAGCAGAGAAGUUUUCCGACAUGAGAGUCUGAAAAACCUUGUGCGCCUGGCAAGAGUACGGAAUCAUUACAUCUUUUCAGUGGAGUCAACGGGUAUCUUGCCUCCAGAUGUGCUGGUGAGUGAAGCCAUCAAGAUCCUGAUGGGAAAAUGCCAACGCUUCCUGAAUGAGCUGGACUCAGUACCUAUGGAGUGAGCAGGCUGGGAAGCGUAUCCCUGCACUGUUGUUCUGGCCUUCCACCACCUGCCUGCAGGGGCAAUUCCUCUUGCAAUGGCAAGAGGAGCAAGAUGGGCUUGUUAAAGAGUCCUAGAACCACUUCUUUGGAUUUGCUGUUAGUAAUGCGCCUCAGUGAGGAGAUGCACUAAAAUAAAGGCUUUUCAUUACCGCUG